AUGAGUAAUAUAGAAGAAACAGAAAUUGAUUCUCCAGAAGUUAAUGGAAAUGUAGUAAAUGAAAAUAAAAGAACGGAAUGGGUAAAGUUUGAUGAUGAAGAAAAAGACCCCGCUGUCGCCAAUGGUAAAGCAGUUAGUUCACAACCAGGACCAUCUGCAAACAUAGGAGUGCCUGCAGUAUUAAACACGGAAUCUGUUCAAGUGAAUUUAGAGCGAAAUGAUAAAAAUUCAGAGCCAUUAAGCCCUCAUAAGAAAAAUGUAGAAGUCAUUAAUAUUCACCAAGGAUUUAGUAAUGGGGAUAUAAUUGUUACAUUACUCCCUGUAAAUACAAAUUUGCCAUGGAUUACACCAGCUCAGUUCAGACCAGAAUUGGUUCCAGAAGAAUUAAUGGCUCAAGGUUUAACAUUGACAGUGGAGGAGUAUGUUCAUGCAAUGGAAUUACUGGUGAAUGAUGCCCGGUUUACCCUAUAUAACAUUUUUUACAAGAGAGUACUUGUUUGCUGGAUCACAAUAGCGUUUAUAGUGCUUCUCAGCUUGCUAUUCUCAGGCCUGACUGGACUUACACUAUUCAGCCUUGGUGUGGUGUGGUUGAUUUUAAAUGCAUUGGCAAUUUUUGUCUGCAUGUGGAUCAAGUUAAGACUUUCAAAAGGAUUAGAGCGAUGUUUGGCAAGUGUAAACAAGUUGCUCAUUAAACAUAAAUUGAUCCUUGCUUUAGAUGAUAGAGGAAAAUUAUCCUGCCACAAAGUUCAUCUUUGUUUUCUGUAUUUUGACUCUGAACCUUGUAUUUCUCAUAUUCAACAAUUUAUUGCAAGUGAAGAAGGGAAAACUAUAAUUCAAGGCUGGGAACAGAAGUUAGAUGUGCAAACAAAUGACAUUGUAAUACGAGGAAGUCAAACUACAAGAUUGUCAAGAAAACAGGAUAUGGGCGAGCAAGUGUACCUUCGUUACCUCCAGCGUUGGGGCAAGGACUUCUUGCGUCGCCGACUUGACUGGACAUUAGAUGAGGAAGGAGGAAAUCCUACUGCCCCUCGGCACUUAUCCCGGGCGCUUUGUCCUUGUCAAUAUGUUGAAGAAAUCUUACGCAACAAAGAACCCAAAGAUACUCGGGCCUGUUGUAUGUCAUGCAACAAUUGGCUAAGGCGAAGAGGUCUGGAUUGA